UCAGUCAAAGCAGAAAUGAAGUGGUUGAUAAUAGUUUUAGUUUCAAUCUACCUUACAGAAUCGGUCAUCAGGAUUCCUCUAGUUCGUUUUAAGACAAUAAGGAGAGUCCUGAGCGAACGAAAUGAACUAGAAGAAUUUCUCCAAAAUCACAGUUCAGAUGCCUUUUACAACAAAUACAAUAGCUGUUAUCCUUCUGAAAUUUUAAUGAUGCAAGAUGUCGGUGUCACUUCAGAACACCUAUCAAAUUAUAUGGAUGCCCAAUAUUAUGGAGAGAUUAGUAUUGGAACUCCACCACAGACAUUUACUGUAGUGUUUGACACUGGCUCAUCUAAUCUCUGGGUGCCUUCAGCCUACUGCAUCAGCAAGGCGUGCGAACGACAUCGACGCUUUCAAUCAUUUUUCUCAUCAUCAUAUUCUCCCAGAGGAAACUCUUUUGCCAUACGAUAUGGCACUGGCCAACUCAUGGGAAUGAUGGGUAAAGAUAAAGUCACAAUUGGAAACAUUACCGUAAAUGGACAAGAAUUUGGGGAAUCUAUCUAUGAGCCAGGUUCGACAUUUACUCUAGCACAUUUUGAUGGUAUUUUAGGUUUAGGAUAUCCUUCUUUAGCUGAAGGUGGAGCCGUUCCUGUGUUUGACAGAAUGAUGUACCAGGGACUGUUGGAUGAACCCAUGUUUUCCAUCCUAAUAAACAGAGAAAUGGACAGUGAAAAUGGUGGUGAAUUGAUCCUCGGAGGCAUUGAUCACUCACGCUACACAGGCCAAAUUAAUUGGGUCCGUGUCUCACAACAGGCUUACUGGCAAAUUGACGUGCAAACAAUAAGAUAUCAUGACACUAUCAUCUGUCAGAAUCACUGUUCUGCAAUAGUUGACACUGGAACUUCUUUGAUAGCCGGUCCUUAUAGCUCAAUAAGAAGUAUGUUUCCUAAUUAUCAGGAAUUUCAGCUUGGCCGGGGAGAGCUUAUGGUAGAAUGCAAAAGAAUUUCCCAACUGCCGAGCAUGACUUUCACUAUUAAAGAUGUGGAAUAUACGUUGGAAGCGGAGGACUAUAUUAAAAAGUUUCACGAUGAACAGGAAGUGUGCCUAUACGGAUUCCAGGCAAUAAAUAUAUACUCUCCUAAAGGACCUCUUUGGAUUCUGGGAGAUGUUUUUCUUGCAAAAUUCUACACCAUUUUUGACCGGGGAAAUAAUAAAGUGGGAUUUGCUAAAUCUCGACAUGCAAUGGACAGUCAAGAGAGUGCAGAAGAUUGA